ACUACACACCCCAGGCCAUCCGUACAAAUCCUCAACCUUAUUUACCUAUUCUCUCAUCUUUUUGCGACGUUGUCAUUUUCCGAACUACGCCAGGGAGCACACCUAGAGAAGAAGGAGAAUACCUACAAGACCCAAAAAGAAUAGAACAUGAGCUUGCGGUCAAUACUAAGCGGCGGCCGAGUAAAAAAGCCAAAACCAAAGCCGAAGCCGUCAGCUUCGCCACGAAAGAACAGCGGGACGAGUAGCCCCCGCAAGUCUGCCGGCGGCAGCAGCAGCAGCACCAGCGCCAAGAGGAAUUCUAUAUCGCACGCCCAAGAUGAUGAUGACGACGAUGACGACUUCUUCCACGACAGGCUCGACGACGCAGGGCUCGUCGCGGCGCUGGCGACGGACAUGUCGCUGCGCGACGUCGUCCAGGCCAUAAAGUACACCCGCAGCCGCAUGUUCGGCCCCGUCCCCACGGAGGCGGCCGGCAUGAACUCCACGCGCAUCGCCGAGGUGCUCAAUUACCGCAGAGCCAUGCCGGGCAUAGUGACAACAUCGCACUUACACGCCCUCCUCGCCUCGCCCACGGCGGUGGAGCGCGAGGUCGCAGAGUUGCAGCGCGGCGGAGCGCUGCGCAAGAUCUACGUGCAACGCCGCGGCGGCCUGGGCGAGGCCCUGAUCCAGACGUCUGAGCUGGAGGACAUGAUUGCAAAAUCGGCGGAGCUGGACGACGACGCGAGGUCCGCCUACGUCAAGUUCCUGAGAGAGAACCCUCUGGCGCAGACGAUGCCGCGACUGGCUUGCGGCGGCCAUAAACAGGCCGAUGCCCUGGUGCGGGCCGGGUUCUUGACAUCCAGCAUACAUCCGCAGCACGUAAAUACACCUUUAAUGAACUUACACUUGCGCCCCGAAGACCGCGGUAGCUUGAUGAGCAUUCAAGCGGUCUCCCGCGCAGCAUCCGGAAGCUUCGACGCCGUUGGCGGACAAGGAGGAAUACACGCCGCGGGUGGUGGGGGAGAGGCGCCGCGUCUAUCCCGCGGCGCCGCCGCCGACGCGUCAUCCUAUUCGGGGGCCGAAUUCACCAUCGCGGUUCCCGGUAACGGGUCGUUUCUAAAACUGACCGCCGCCGCUGUGGAGCACCUGGCCCAUCUCCUGUCCAAGUCGCAAUUUAGGGAGAUGCCCGUGUCUAUGCUCCGGGAACGGUGGGAGGGUGGCGUAGCCCGUGACGAGGCACGCCUGGCAAGGAGGGCCAGGGGAGAAUUCGCCGGCGUGCUGCCGGGGAGGACUAAACGAUGGAAGGAGUUUUACGGUUUGGAGUUCAACUGGGUGUUGGAGGAAGCCAUGGGCGCCGGUGUUGUGGAAGUCUUUGAGACACGGAGCGUAGGUAGGGGAGUCCGCCUGCUGUGAUACAGUGAUCGUGGGUGAGACCUCGGAGUCCGUGUACGUCGUCUGCUGCAGCGGGGGAAAGGUUUUAAGCUUGAUACCGUGGAAAUCCCAAAUGUUCUUCGACCAGUCGUUAGCGACUAGAGACACAACGUUGGGAACAUCGGCGUCGAUGAAACCUGCCUCUUGACAAGCUGCCGUGUCGCUUAGCCCCCCAUCACGUCAACUUGACUGGGAUGUCAUGGCCGCCUCCUGGCAUGUUCGUCCAAGG